CAAACCAGACCCCAAAGCCAAGCAGGUCUCCAUCGGACGCAAGAAAUUCAACAUGGAUCCCAAAAAGGGUAUCGAAUAUUUGAUUGAGCAUGGCCUGCUGCAGAACACCGCAGAGGAUGUGGCCAGAUUUCUCUUCCAAGGCGAGGGGUUAAACAAGACAGCUAUUGGAGACUAUUUAGGAGAAAGGAAUGACUUCAAUAUGGCAGUUCUCAAGGCAUUUGUCAAUCUGCAUGAGUUCACUGACAUGAUCCUUGUACAGGCUUUGAGACAAUUUCUGUGGAGCUUUCGUCUUCCUGGUGAGGCCCAGAAAAUAGACAGAAUGAUGGAGUGUUUUGCUGAGCGAUACUGCGCCCUCAAUCCAGGUGUAUUUAUUAAUACAGACACCUGUUAUGUGUUAUCCUUUGCUAUCAUCAUGCUGAACACCAGCCUACACAACCCCAGUGUCAAGGACAAGCCCACAGUUGAGAGGUUUAUACAGAUGAACAGGGGCAUUAAUGAUGGUGGGAACCUGCCAGAGGAACUGCUGACUAACCUGUAUGAUAACAUCAAAAAAGAACCAUUUAAAAUACCUGAAGAUGACGGCAAUGACCUCAUGCACACCUUCUUCAAUCCAGUGAAAGAAGGCUGGUUGAUGAAGCAAGGUGGGCGAGUGAAGAACUGGAAGCGAAGAUGGUUUAUCCUUAAUGACAACUGCCUUUACUACUUCCAGUACACAACAGACAAGGAACCAAAGGGAAUCAUUCCCCUAGAGAACAUCCAGGUCCGUGAGGUGCCUCCGGAGAAGUCUCGACCAAACUGCUUUGAACUGUAUUCGGCUGGUACAUCAGACAUCAUCAAGGCUUGUAAAGUGGAUUCUGAUGGGAAAGUUGUUGAAGGUCGUCACAGUGUAUACAGGAUGGCCGCCAGUUGUGCGGAGGAGAAAGAUGAAUGGAUCAGUUGUGUCAGGGCAAGUAUAAAUGACAACCCAUUCUAUGACAUGCUGGCAGCUAGAAGAAAGAAUGCAACUGGAACCAGCAGUCGGCCCAGAUAA